AAUACCAAUAUAUGUUUCUCCACCAAAAAACCUCCUCUUGAAAGCCCGAAAAUGAGUUACCAGAGAGCUCCCCAAGAACCGUAUCCUCCCCCAGGGUACGGAUAUCCAUAUCCUCCACCACCGCCACAGGGAUACCCAUCAGCGCCACCGUACGAUGGGUACCCCCCACCACCACCAGCGAACCCACCGCCAGGAUAUCCAGGGUACCCACCUCCGCAGCCUCCGACGUACGAGGGGUACCAAGGUUAUUUCGCACAAGGGUACCAGCAUCCUCCACCACCGCCGCCGCCACAACAAUAUCAACAAUACCACUGUGAGCAUCACCACUACGAUGAUCAGCCCGGCUGUCUCUCUUUCUUACGUGGCUGUUUGGCUGCGCUUUGCUGCUGUUGUCUGUUGGAGGAGUGCUGCUUUUUUCUUUGAUGACACAGUGAAUGGUUUGUUUCUUAAGUUGGGCUGCACAUUGUUGUUGCUUGCUAGAUUCUACAUAAUCUGUGUGGGGGUUCUGGUAAUUCUAUUUUUUUUUCCCCUCUUAUCUGGAUUUUAAGAGGUUCUAUGAUGUGCUUUAUGGGGUUCUAUGUCCAUGUAAUUUAAUCGCAUUUCCUGGAAUUUGAGAACAGGUUCUAUUAUAAGUGAUACGGUUCUGAUUCCAUUGUGAUUUUA